GGACAAAUCUACCGUUAUCGUGCUUCGGAGAUCUCGCCAUCGGUAGUACCAAGGAUGGAGGGGUAAAAUGCUUUUUUUCAUAAAGCGUUAUGACGCCCUUUGUUGGAUGGGCAAGAGUCGCGUCAUUUCCAUACUUUGAUAUAUAACACUACUGUGGUUUCUUUGCCCUCAAUUAUAUUUUCAAUAUAGGACAGACUCGCACAAACAUUCAAUACCACUGUUUGCUGCUGUCAAUCAUCUAAUUCACCCCCAAACCUACACUCUCCACACCCAAUUUCACGAUGGCGCCAGCACUUACAGCCUCCGCACCUGCACCCCCUCAUACCCUCUCCUUUCCGUCUACCGCCCCCAAAUCCAUCUUCCCAGACGGCAUCAAGACUUCCGGCCAGCACCCUCCCCUCUACGACCUUCUCCAACCCUACUCCGCCUUCCCCAAGACUAUCACUGGUCCUACAGUCUGGGACGCCGCCGACUACGCCAACAACCCCGAACGCUGGACUCACCCCUUCUCUGCCUCCGAGAUCGCUGAAAUCAGCGCCGCCGCCGAUGCCUUCAUUGCCUCCGGUACCCCGUUGACCGGGAUCUCGCAGUCAAACUUCACACUCCCAGAGUUCAGCAAGUUUCUCACUAGCUUGAGGCACGAGCUGCUCAAUGGCAAAGGCUUCCUCCUUUUCAAAGGCUUCCCGGUGGACGAAUGGGGUCUCCGCAAGUCCGCGGUGGCGUAUAUGGGCCUAGGAACUUAUCUAGGUUACUUCGUGUCCCAGAACGGCCGCGGACAUGUUCUGGGCCACGUUAAAGACCUUGGCGAGGACAGCUCCAAGAUUGACAAAGUGCGUAUCUACCGCACGAACGCACGUCAAUUCUUCCAUGCCGACGACAGUGAUCUUGUGGGACUUCUCUGCGUAGCUAAGGCACUCGAGGGCGGGGAAAGUGAUCUGGUGAGUUCACAUCAUGUGUGGAAUGUUCUACAGCAGGAGCAUCCGGAUGUUGCGGAGGAGCUCGUGAAGCCACAAUGGUAUUUCGACCGCAAAGGGGAGACGAGUAAGGGAGAGGAAGAGUGGAUAAAAACGUCUGUCUUCUAUCUGGAGAAAGGGGAGAACCCAAGGGUGUAUUCCAAAUGGGAUCCCUACUACGUCAAGUCCCUCACUCGCUUCUCCGACGCCGGCAUCAUCCCCCCACUCUCGCCUGCCCAGCUGCGUGCCGCCCAGAUCCUUGAGGACACCUGCGUGCGUCUUAGCUUGCAUAUGAUUCUAGAUAUUGGCGAUAUUCAGUUCCUGUCCAACGAGCAUGUUCUUCACGCCAGGACUGCGUACAAGGACUACCCGCCACCAGCUCCCCGCCGUCACUUGAUGCGUCUAUGGUUGAGCACGCCGGAGUCAGAGGGCGGAUGGAAGCUACCAUUCCAUGAUAGUCAUGAGAAGAAGCGGGGGGGUAUCCAGGUGAACGAUACAGCUCCGGUGGCGCCGCAAGAUGCCGAGUAAGGCCUUAGAUCUUUUCUAUGGAUGUAAAUGCCCAAGAUGGAUGGGAAGGGGGGCAUGGAGUGGUGUUUGUUUCGAACUCCCAAAAUUCGAACCUUUUCUGGGCCUCUAGAACGGCACAGUGUAUUGUAGCAGUGGUGGUAUAUAUAGUAUUUAGAUUCUUGUUUCAUAC